AUGGCUCCCACUGCCUCGUCUCAAAGGCCCAAACGCGAGCAAAAGCCCAAAUCUCCCUCGUCUCUGAAGCCCGAAGGCCAGCCGAAGUCGAAGCCUGCUAUAGCUCAAAAGGCCAAAAACAGGCGCGCCCGCAAGACAAAGGCCAAGGCCAAGGGCAAAGGCAAGGGGAAGGAGGAGGAUCCUCUCGGGAAUCCUCCACCCCCCCCCCUAUGCUUUAGCUGCAGUCCUCGCCCCACGAAAGCCGUCUCUCCACCCAAAACGCCAACCCGUAGCCAACCGCUCUCCCCUCCCGGCCUCCCUCAGCUGAUGCGUCGUACUGGGCAGCAGGUGCCCCCACCAACAAUCGAUCCAAUGUUCGAAAUCUCGCAUACACGUGGCGUGGAGUGGUCACAGCUGUUGACAAUGUGUGGAACAUUGUCCGAAUCGCUCGAACGUAUGUACCGUUCAUACAUACCUCAUCGGCCAGACAACGAGGACCCUUUCGUUCGCCUUCGAGAUACCCUGCACCGCGAAAACAAACAAGGGACGCUCACCAAAGUCACGUCUGAAGCGCUGAUGAUUGUUGAGGAGCUUUGGAGCCGUCGUGAACGGCAAUGGCUCCGCGAGGGAAAAUAUAUACCCUGCGGCAUCCGAAUACAAGACAAUCAGUUAAAUACAAAUGAUGCCGACUGCUAUCGAAUUAUCAAGCUUCUGUUCGAUCAAGCACACACACCGAUGGGUAUCCCUGAGGUCUGGAAAGAUGCCUUGCGGCUUCUCGGCAGCAGGGAGCUUCAAAAUCACAAAAGUGAAGUAUCCUUGAUUGGUCGCGAAGAGCUGAAGCCACUUUAUUGGACCUCUCCUAUUGGUGCGGCUCGAGAGCCAACUCCAUGGGAGAUUGUCGCUCACCUGGUAGCCGCGAGCGGCCGGUCGCCGAGUUGGUUGAAGGAGCAUUUGGUCCCGUUUGUUGAACGUGCACAAAGCGAUCAAGAGGAACGCAGAAAGUCACACACUCUGUAA